UAGAGAUCCUGUGAGGCUCUGGGUUCCAGGAGCUGCACUCCGUGCCCUGCUCAACCAAGGGCCCGGGGUCUCUCCUGCUUCUGGAAUGAGACCGGGGAGAUAUUGUAUCUAGACUUUUAUCCGUAGCUGCUCUAAGCAGUUCCAGUAACUUAGAGGAGUGCUGGGAUGCUCGAAGCUGGGUGAGGGGAGUAAGCCCCAUGGAUGGCUUCCUGUUUCAGUCUCACAAACACUCUUCUGUAGAUUAUUUCUUGUGGAAAACCAUGGGUUUUAACCUUUCCUUUCUGUAAGUUCAAAGACAUGAUGCAAUACACAGCCGGUGUAGGUAUUUGCUGUUAAGCAUGGGCCAUUGCAAGAGAGUCAAACAUGGAGCGCGGUGCUGAGAAGGGGCCGCGGGAAGGCCCUGCCUUUGGCCUGGGCCUUGUCAGUGAGGGGUGAUCUCUCAGUUUUAGGGCAGUAAGGCCAAACCUGUAAUAAGAAUGGGUGGUAAUAAGGCGUUCAAGGAACCCUAAAACACAGAGCUCAAAAGCAGAGAGUGAAGGCCUGGCUCUUCAGAGACCCUUCUCCGUUUCAAGAACCCACACCCGUGAUUAAGGGAGCACAAGGGGAGGGGUAACCCAGGACCUGACUGGGGCAGGAGGCUCUCAAGAGCAAAGCCAUCCCUGUCACCGCCCCACUGGCUCAGGCUUGCCAGGUUUUCUGUUUGGGGAGGAAAACCAGCAAAACCCAAGAAGGCAAAUAAAGGAAAGAGCAGGCCUGCUUGUUGACCUGGGCACUAGUGCCUCUGAUCUACACGUCUCUGCCCGGCCCGUGCCCGCCGCUGGCGUUCGGGGGUGUGUGGGGGAGAGCGGGGCCGGCAGGCUGUGUGUGCCCAUUAAUCUGCCGGGCGGGCGGCGGGCGGGCGGGCUGGGGGCUGUUUGUAACUUUGCUGCCUCGGUCGCCGCGGUCCCCGGGGAGCGGGCUCCGGCGCUCUUUCCCAUUGGCCGCCGCUGCGUCAGCUGGUGCGAUUUGCUGCUGUCGCUUUUGGCGUUCGGCCAUCCAGAAACAAACCAGUUCGAUGACUACUAAUAGUUAUAGCCAGAUGUACUAAUACACAACAAAUCACAGUCCUGCAGAGGGGCGCGCAAAUGAGUUCCUAUUUUGUGAAUCCCACUUUCCCUGGGAGCCUGCCCAGCGGCCAGGACUCCUUCUUGGGCCAGCUGCCCCUCUACCCGGCCGGCUAUGACGCGCUGAGGCCCUUCCCGGCCUCUUAUGGGGCGUCGAGUCUUCCGGACAAGACAUACACCUCACCUUGUUUCUACCAACAGUCCAACUCGGUCCUGGCCUGCAACCGGGCAUCCUACGAGUACGGGGCCUCAUGUUUCUAUUCUGAUAAGGACCUCAGUGGCGCCUCACCCUCGGGCAAUAGCAAGCAGAGGGGCCCCGGGGACUACCUGCACUUUUCUCCCGAGCAGCAGUACAAACCUGACAGCAGCAGCGUGCAGGGCAAAGCCCUCCAUGAGGAAGGCACCGACCGGAAGUACACAAGUCCUGUUUACCCCUGGAUGCAGCGGAUGAAUUCCUGUGCGGGUGCCGUGUAUGGGAGUCACGGGCGCAGAGGCCGCCAGACCUACACGCGCUACCAGACCCUGGAGCUGGAGAAGGAAUUCCACUUCAACCGCUACCUGACUCGGCGGCGCCGCAUCGAGAUCGCCAACGCGCUCUGCCUCACCGAGCGCCAGAUCAAGAUCUGGUUCCAGAAUCGGCGCAUGAAGUGGAAAAAGGAAAAUAAACUCAUCAAUUCCACGCAGGCCAGCGGGGAAGACUCUGAGGCCAAGGCGGGCGAGUAGACUCCAGGCAGGGACCAGGCCAUCGUUGUAACCUCUAUUGGCUUUGCCCCCUGGUGCCUUUGCCUGCUCCCCAAGUUUUCUUCCAGUCUGCUUUUUCUGCAGCUUAGGGAAAAGCGUCCAAAGCUCUGCGAGCGUCUACGCAUGCAUUUACUUAUUACAGAAAACAAACAAACAAAAUACCACACACCCAAUGUCAGCUGUGGGACAGACGCACUGUAAAUACACACACACACACACACACACACACACAGGUUUUCUCCCCAAGGCUGCCCGAGCCAGCUUGGGAAUCCCGGGGUGCACCCAGAAUUGGUCCUGCUGCUGUGUUAGCGUCUCUGCGCUCUGUGAGCUACAGACGCGGGGUUGUUGGGGGAAGAAGGAGCCCCAGGCAGUGCCCCGUUUGGUGCCUGGGUUUUUCCGCCUUGGUCCCUCGCCAUCAAAUCCUAAAGGGCAUCGCCAAAUCGACUCUGGCUACUGAAAAGAAAGGGUCUACAAGCUGGGCCCCAGCCCUGUCCCGGCCUCUCAGGAUGCCCCUAAACAAGAAGCCUGAGGAACAAAGGGGAACUCGCCCCUUCCCCGACAGAACCAAAUCUCUCUACCGGCGCAUACCCGUCAGUGGGAGAGUAGCAGCCUCAACGGAGGCAAGCCAACCUGGGCGCGAGAGGAACAUUACAACCUCGGAGCGACUAGGCUCCUGCAGGCUCCCAGCUCCCGAUUUCACUCCCAGCCUCAUGAGCUGAACGCCGCCACCUAACCGCUUUCAGGACCCAAAGAGGGGGCCCAGGACCAUGAGAGCCGCAAGAGUCCUGGCUUCCAAACGUGCCAGGGACUCCUGAGAUGCCAGGCCUCUAGUAGAGAAAGUCUCUUCUCCUCUCAGCUACAUUUGUGAUUUACUUUCGUCUAUCGGAGCCCAGGAAAAUAACUACGGUGAUACUAGGCACUGCCACGAAAUGAUUCCAUUAGUUUCCGCAAUUUAUUCCCAGUGGUCUAAGCGAGAUCCCAAUAGCUCUACCCACGGAUCCCAGCUUCCAAGCAGCCUCGGAGGCCGUUGGGUAUCAGGGCCCACUCUCUGGGUUCACCAAGAACCCUGCUACCUGGGGCCGGGCUAGUCAGAAGAAACGGACCAGGGACGAAGAUCUUCCAGGCUGGAUAAAUAAACAAAUGAGAUAGCAAACUAAUGACACGAAAAACAUAUUUUCACGGAAGAAAAAAAUGAUUCUGGUUA